UAUUGGAUAACAGCGAUAUUUUAAAUCAUUCAGAUUUUUUUUUAAAUAUGAUGUAAAUUGUUCCUCUAAAAGAGUAUAACAAACUGCGUAAAUCGAUUCCACUGCCGUUAAUUCACUUGAUUAAAAAUUCUAGGUUAUAUAAUAAUUACCCACCAAUAUUGCCCAGUUUGUUUAUUUCACAAUGCAAUCUGUUUGAUAAAAAAUGCAAUAAUAAAUUCAUUAGUAUUUUGAAAUCUGGAAAAUUUAAUGAUUAUGAUAGAUUUACUUGGAAGUUGAUAAAUAAUUUUUUAAAAUUUGUUAAAUGGCCUAUUCUACCUAAAGCCAAAGAAACACAUUUUUUAAUAUAAACACACAUUUUCCUGUGGCAGAAUUUUUUAAGAAAAAGAUUUGGUUUUGAGGUGGAUCAAUGUUCCUUUUGUAAUAAUAAUAAUAGUGAAAAAAAUAAAAGUGUGUAUGGGGGGGCUGGUUGGGGGAGGGGCUUCAAUAACAGAGGAGGAAGAAGAGAAACCUGCGUGUAAAUGUUUACCCACAUAAGCAAUACUAAUAAUUAUAUUAAUCUCCUGUGGUGCAAAAUAUCGAAAUAAACAACUUUAGAGGCAGAUACAAUAAAAAUAUAUAUAUAUUGUGUAAAAAAUAUGAACAUUUACAAACAAAACAAAAAAAAAAAGCGACCCCCACCCUACAAGAAAGCAGGGCCAAAGUUCACAGGAAGCUGGGGGGCUGCCAUCUUUCCCCUGCUGCUGCUGCUAACGGUAAACUGUAGAUGCUAAAGCGACGGGAGGGGCGGCUGGUUCGGGCUGUUCUCGCUAGCUGGCCUCGGUCUAUCGGGGGCCGUUAAAGCGCCAUCACUCGUUUCCUCCGACGGUCCAACGCCAACGAGCAAAGUGUUUGUUUGAUGAAUUCGGUAUGGAGAAGGUAGCGGAGCCGUCUUGGACCUCUUCGUACACCUACCAGGUGAGCAAACACAGCGCCGAGAUGCUACACAACCUCAACAUUCAGAGAAAAGAUGGAGGCAGGUUCUGCGACGUGAUCCUGCGCGUCGGCGAGGAGAGCUUCCCCGCUCACAAAGCGGUGCUGGCCGCCUGCAGCGAGUACUUCGAGUCGGUGUUCGGCCGUCAGACGGAGGGAGAGGGCGACGCCAAGGAGCUGGAGAUGCACACGAUCAGCCCGAAAGUUUUCAAAGACAUCCUGGACUUCGCUUAUACCUCCAGGAUCGUGGUUCGGUUGGAGUGCUUCCCAGAGUUGAUGACGGCUGCCAAGUUUCUGCUGAUGCGCUCCGUCAUCGAGAUAUGUCAGGAGGUCAUCAAGCAGUCCAACGUGCAGAUCUUAGUCCCGACGGCUCGAGGAGGAGAAGCUAGUCUCUUCCAGGCCAUGGGGGCCACCGAGCUGGGUUUCCCCGUAGCUCAGCAAGAUCUGGUGAACGGAGCGGGUCUGCUGAUCAACGGCCAGGGCUUUGUGAGCAGCACGCAGAUGCGGAUGGAUGAGAGCGAAGAGGCGCCGCCGGCCGCGCUGCUGGAGAACGGCGGGGAUCCGAUGUUGGAGCCGGUUGUUGAAGGACUUUCCGUGUCGCCGUCGGCGGAAAUCGCGGGGAGCAUGUUUCAUCACGAAGCUGGCUCCCCUGGAUCAAAACGGGGAAGGGGGAGACCGAAGAAAGAGGCUGUCCAUUUUAAUCACAUCAACCAGAAGGACAACGGGCAGCUCUUCCCCUGCGGGGCCUGCGGCAAAGCUUUCACAGAAGCUUCUCGUUUAAAGAACCACGAAGCGCAACAUGGAGCCUCCACUGGGGGCGUCCACAGCCUCGGAGGCGGUCUGUCUUUGCUGUCGCAACCCGGGCUGCUGGAAAACGGGAUGCAGUUACCCGGAGGGCUGGCGCUGGACAGCCACCGCAAGCGGGAGCGGACCAGGCGGCAUGUGGGCUGCGACAUCUGCGGGAAAGUGUUCCGGGACGUGUAUCACCUGAACCGACACAAGCUGUCCCACUCCGGGGAGAAGCCCUAUGCGUGUCCUGUGUGCGGGUUGAGGUUCAAGCGCAAGGACCGGAUGUCGUACCAUGUUCGGUCCCACGAUGGCUCGGUUGGCAAACCGUAUGUGUGCCAAAGCUGUGGGAAAGGUUUCUCUAGACCAGACCACCUGAACGGACACAUUAAACAAGUGCACACCACAGAGAGACCCCACAAGUGCCAGAUAUGUAACGCAUCCUUCGCGACGAGAGAUCGCCUUCGGUCACACCUCGCCUGCCACGAAGACAAAAUUCCCUGCAAAGUCUGCGGCAAGUUUCUGCGAGCCGCCUACAUGACAGACCACCUGAAGAAGCACAGCGAAGGAACUCACAACUACUGUGGCAUUUGCAAUAAAGGUUUCUCCACCGCGUCCUACCUUAAGGUGCAUAUAAAGACACACCAUGGCUCCUCACUGCCAACUUCUGCCCCAUUGCACGCCUUCCCUGACCCAAGGGGGGAACUGCAGAUGCACAACGGCACCCCUUACCAAAUGGGACGCCAGUGCUCAGUGGAAGACGGACAGGAAAACGUGACUAAGUGUCCCCACCUGGAGUCGGAGGAGUCUGAUACUUCGUUAAGGGAAUUGUCCAAUGUCGACGAGCUUAAGUCUCCCCCUAAAUCUGAUGGACCAGAGCUUGAAGGGCCUUCCUUAGCCUGCAACGGGGCCCCUGCUGGGGUCCUUGGCUCUCCAGAUGCUUCUAAAGCCAACGCCGACCCUGAAAAGAAGUUUAUCUGUGGAAUCUGCAGCCAGGCAUUCCGUACCAAGUCCUACCUCAACAAGCACCAGCACCGAGUUCACAAAGCCCAGAGGACCCUCGGGGUCUUAGGGCCUAGUUUAAGUGAGAUGGCACCCUCUCUGACUUCUCCCUUCUCUCCUCAACAAAACAUGUCCCUCCUCGAGUCAUUCGGCUUCCAGAUCGUCCAGUCGGCUUUCGCCUCUUCUCUCGUGGACGCAGAAGCAGGUCAGAGUGGAAUUGACUUUGGAGGGAAGUAACACCUUCCCAGAGGCCUUUGCAAGCAGUCGUUUGGCCUCUUCACGUUUAGGACGAAGCCAGGUUGCCCACAGAAAAAAACUGUGUUUGGGAACCAUUUUGCCUCAAGACUACUCUCUCUGUUUGUCUCUUUGCUUUAUGUUCAACCAACAGUUUUCUGUCAGAAACUGACACUGAAGUCCUACUUUUCUACGUUUUCGGACGGGGAUGUGUUUGCUGUUUAAAAGCUUGUGUUAAAAAAAAAAAAGACCAAAAAAAAAAGGUUUUGCUUUUCACUGUUGGUCUGUGAAAGUUAUGUUACAUUUCUUUUUUUCUGAGCUUUCUCAGCUGCACAAAGUUCUUCUCGUGAGAUGACUUAUUUACUUUAUUGUUAAUAGUUGUUAACUUCCUCACUUUAACUGCUCCAGCGAGCUUAACAAUGGAUCUUCAGUCAUCCCAGCCAUCACAGAUAUCUUUACCUCAGAGCAAAAGCAGGGCUCACAUCUAGAUUUAUCUCAAUUCAGAGUUUUGUUUUUUUGUUUUGGAAGGAAUUUAAUAGAAUUUCGGUUCUUUUUUAAUUAGCUACAUGGUGAAGAUAAAACAUAGCAAACAGGCUGAGAGCCUGAGGGAUCAGUGUUACUUGUUCAUCAACACCCCUGGUAAAGAUGGAAAGCUAACCUUAAAAUAAAUUCAUAUUUAUUACAGUAGCACCAGGAAAAAAAAGGAAAUAAAAUAAAACUAAAACUUAAGCUAAUUUUGGGAAGUAACUUAAAAUUCCUUGUGUUGCUGUUCAUUACAUUCAGCCUUUUUUCUAGGGAGUAUUUGUACAAAUUUCCCAUUGCUGAUUUGAUUAUGUUCCCCAUAAAGCACUCCAAAUAUAGUCCUUCUUCUAGCACCCUGGAUAGAUUAAAAGCUGAACCAUCGUAACAAUGAAAAUAAAAUGGUAAAAUAAAAACGGUUAUUUUUUAAAUCCCGACCUCGAUUACAGCGUCUCUGUAUCAGACUAUUACAGUUAAACCCUUCAAGUCAUGGUUUAGAUCUCUCUGGAUAAAACCCAACUAAAAUCAAUUCCAGCGUAGAUUAUAGCCUCCUAAUGUUUCUGUCCUUAUCUAAAAGUGUGUCGCAAAUUUAUUAUUUUUUUUUCUAUCCUAUUAAUUAAGGAGUAUUAGCUUCUUCCAACUUCAACUUUGUGAGGAAUAAUGCUCUGGUUUGGAUACGUUAUAGUAGUUAUUUCUUUCAUUACAGCAGCUGUGGAGCCACAGCUAAUGUUCUCCUCAGUUCAACCCACAGGGUUACCUAUAGGGUUUAGGCUAGUUAUGUGUCUAAUGCACCGUUUCUGUUAUCAUUUUUGAUAAUGGUAUUUCAGAUUUUUCAUGUCAGAGUCUUUAGGCCCCUUUAGAAGAGAAACAGACCCACAGUAUCACAGACCUUCCACCAUACAUAACUGGGCAUUAUUUACUUUUCCAAAUUCUCAUCCUUUGUUUUAUACCCGACUUUACCUAGUGUUUGGUACUUAAAGCUUCUAGUUAAAAUAAAAUAAGGUAUUUGACCAAAGCACUACGUUCAGGCUAAAAUAACUUUCAGAGUUUGACAAAACUGCACACUUAAACAUUCCCACUCCAGCAAUUUAAGUCACAGUUGGGAUUAUUGUAAAAAAUUGAGUUUACUCUGAUGGUAAAUGUAGGAAAUUAUUGGUUAAAUAUCUAAUUUUGUUGGCAGUUACAGUACACCUGCAUCUACGUAUUUAAUUCCAGUUUUAAAAAGCUGCUAAUAGAAUUAGGCCUCUGCCUCUUAUUCAUACCUCAGUAAAACAUCAAAUCUACUGUACAACUUCAAGUAUAUUUAUAUUACAUAAAUUAUAAGAGAAAUGCUUCAGUUGCACUGAUUAUACAUCAGCCCAGUAAAACUAUCAUGAGGGAUGUUUUAGAACAGAUUUUUUAAAUCACCACUGAAUAAAUGUACUCAUUUAAAGGGCUUAAUCUUUUCCAAAACAGAUUAUGCUGCUGUGAUACAAAUGAAUUUAUUGUAAGUCUCUUCACUCAUCAGUACUGGGGUGUGAGUAACGGUGUAGGAUGUUUUUAUGUUUACAAAAAAAAUCAGAUCUCUCUGUAUCAGUCAGGCACUUUGAUAUUAAAAACCCUCAGAUAGUUAAGCACUUUUCAAAGUGCCUCAGUUUACUGUAGGUUUGGUAUUAUUUGGUCAAUUAUUAGUUUUAAAAGGAAAAAAAACAGGAAGUAAAGCGAUUGGUCGGAAUUUCUUGUAGUGCAUUUAAUUUAAAUCAGGACUAAUAUGGCUAGAAUUCGAUAAAUAGACAAUUAUCUGAUGUUUAUUUCAAACCUUUCUCCUACAUCCCCACAAAUCAGUCCCUGAUUGCUUUUCAUAGGAGGUCUUAGGUUCACAGAGACGCAACCCAAACGGGAUAAGAAGGCAGAAAGGAGGGGAUCAUUUAUUUAUGAGCUUCUAGAAUGCAUGAAACGGGGAAUCAAGAUCAGGUAUAUUUUCAGGAUAUAUUUUAAAAGAUUAUAUUUUAAUUAUUUAUUCAGACCCUGACUUUUGUGUGGCUUUAAUUUUCUGUCAAAGAAAAUCUUGUUCUUUUUUGUUUUGUUUUACUAAUUUAUGGUUAACGGAGAUGUGAAAACGUGUGUUGUGCAGGAUGCUUUGCAGAGGGAGGGAUUCACAGCUGGUUUAAACCUUCAUCACCUGGACUUCUCUUCCUCCUCAUCCUUUGCUCGGAGCCAUUUCUGCUGCUCUCAUUGCAUUAAAGGCUGCUUGCUUUGGUUCGACAUUACAAUGUGCAGUCUUAACAGUCGUGUAGCAAAGACAAACAUAAGCUGUUUAUUGACAAAUAAUCUAGUGGGAUUUUUUAUUUUAUUUUUUUUUUCACUUCAGUUUCUUUAUUUCUGUAAGCUAAAUUCUACUUUGCAGAUAUUUAAUCAUCCUUAAUUGGUGUUCUCAGAUUAGCCCAAAAGCGGAAUUAUGCAAAAAAAAAUAAAAAUUUUAGGAGUCCUUGUUCGGAUCAUGUCGUACCUAUUGUAAGUUAACGGCUGAGAUCAUGUCCAAACAUUUUAUUUUGAGCCCACCAUUUGGUUUGCUUUACAAUCAAAAGCUCAUCAGGAAUAAAAGCCACUAAACCUUUCUGUUUUAUGCUACGUGGCUCUAAUUAAAAAAAGCUCCUUUCAUCUGAUCCUCCCUUACCUUCUCCUGUAAAUAUUUGAAACUGAAGUACAAUGAUCCUCAGCGCUCCGUUUUAUCUGUACGGUUGCAAAGCACCUGCCACACUUCACACAUCAGAUUAAUCCUAGCAGUUUCUUUUAUUUCUUGUUUUUGUUAAAAAUGUGUAUCGCGAUGCAAAUCAGGCUCAGUCUAACAGUGAAGGGCUGAUGGUGUGUGUGUGUGGAGAGAGGAUGAUGGCUCUUGAGUGUAUACUGCUAAUUAUUUGUGAGUAAUUUAGUACAUUCCUAUAUUAUUUAUGGUUAUAUUGUGAUUGUAACAAGUGUACAUACCUUCCAUGCACACACACGCACACACACAAUGAAUAUAUAUAAAUAGAUAUAUAUAUAUAUAAAUAUAUAUGAAUCAACCUGUUUGAACCGUGUUUGUAAGUAGUGAGUUUGUACAUAUUAAGGUUUAGUUUCAGUUGUUGUUGGGAGGAAUGUUAAGUUAUGGCCAUCUGACGUGUAAAGUGCACAUCGAGGCAUGUGAGCAGAGCUGGGGACUGAAUGUCGAUCACUGGUUGGCGGCAGCAGUCGUAUAUAUUGGUUACACUGAACUAUCACGUUGCCGCGGUAGCGCUCGCACUGCCAGCUGCUCGACUCUUUGACCAAGCUUUUUUUUUUUUUUAUAUACCCACUCUGCACUGGUAUUUCUGUUUAAAGACACUUGGGAUAUGCUGUAAAGAUGUAAUAAACAUUUGUUUAGACUUUAUUAGAAAGAAAACAAACUUUUUAUUCUUUCCCAAAAUUGAAUUAUGAUGACAAAUAUUUUUGGGGGCUUAAAUGUUUUGGUUUCUGCUUUUUGUCUGUUGCAAAGUGCCUUCCAAAUACUGAUUGUGCUCAGCAGUGGUUUAAUAAAAAAACAAACAAAAAAAAAACAAAUAAAACAGUCCUUUUUCUUUUCCAAAGGGUAUAAAUUGUACAGAGUCACUUGCAUUGACAGUUUUGUAUAAAAAGCGCAAGAUGUACAAUAUGUUCCCUUGGUAUUUUAUCAUUGUACUCGACGGGAUUGCUCUUCAGGACACUUGAACUUUGUGUUUUGUUAUGACGUCUUUGGACUUAUUUCGUUAUGAGCUUACUUUUCUAUAGAUAUUUGUUUUUUUGUACUCUGUUCCUGAGUCUCGUCUCAGAUUCUUGGUUUAGAGAUGAGAAUCAAAUAAAUUGCAGCUGAAAAUCUCCAGACAUUUGUCCUGUAGUU